AGAAACAAACGGCAUUCCCUAAUAGAGAUAGGAUAUAGAAAUAGAAAGAUGGCAGUGGCACUUACAAAGACUGUUAUAAGCAUGAACUCGUUCAUCGAGUCAUUGGUCAAGCUGUUUGCACAGACAGCCGGAAAGGACAAGCUGGCCAAGAUUCUGCAGUACGGCGCCAAGCUGUUUGGACACAUGUGUCAGCAGAGAAAGAAGGCAGAGUGGACGGGCAUCUGGAAGAAGAUCGAGACGUCCGCCGGUGGCGCCAGAAAGGUGUGGCGUCUGGGCAACACGUUCUCCGAGCAGCAAAAGAUCCUGCAGAUCAUCAAGGCGGGCAACGUCUUCCAGAUCCUCAACCUUCUGGCCCUGUGUCGCCAGACAGGCAUGUACUUCUACUGGGUGUUUGAUCACCUCGUCUGGACCACCAGCGUCGGAGUGACCAAGCUCGACACUGCCAAGCUGAGCUGGUACUCUAGCGUCAGUUGGUUCAUCGGUCUGCUGUGCUCGAUCAUCAUCGACAUCCAGACUCUCAACCUGACUAUCAAGAAGGAGCGUCAACUGAUUGUGGCUCUGACCUCGGCGCCCACCCCCCAACAGGAGGGCGACUCUGCCAUCGUCCCCGUCGACAACACCAAGCUCAAGGCCGAGCUGACCACUGUACAGAAGAAGAAGAACGAGCUGUAUCUAAACUGCAUCAAGAACGGUGCCGACUCCAUCGUUGCCGCUAACCUAUUGAAGUUCUAUCAGACCAGCCAAGGCACAGUUGGUAUGGCCGGACUUGUCUCUGCCAUCAUCGGAGGCUACCAAAUGUGGCCUGCUGCACCAGCUCCAGCAUCA